UCGCUCUUGGUCCAUGAAGACAUUACAGCGGCUGGCGGUCAAGAACGUGCUGUGGUUGGGGGGGGCUUUGAUUGAGUAUUGUACAGCAAGCACAGGUGCUAGUAACCAAGACGUGCUUUUCCUGCGUGAAAAGUUACUUCGAACUUGUACAAGGAUUACGAGAAAACUCAAUCACACGAUAUACCGCCACAGUUGGCCGGCAACACGUGGGGGCUCGCACAGCACUUGUUCAUUGUCUUGGCUUGUGCCAGCGCGCGAUGGGAUAAAGGCCAGCUUCUGCUGGGGCCGAUCGACUAAAGACUCAAGGUGGACCCCACUCCCUCCGUACCUGUCAUCCGCACAUCGUUAACCUAAUGCCUGCCGUUCGGUCUCGAGCAUUGGUUGCGGGUCCCACUCCGCUCAAACAUGUUGAUUUCAUCCUCAAUAGCGCCGCAGUAGCUGGUCUCUUAGGUGGCGAAGAGGCCCUUACGUCCAUGGCAGCUGUUCACGUCUUCGGUGGAAAGACAUGGCUGGGGUGGUACAAUUCCCCCGGUUCAUACACCAUGGGUCUACGCUUCAUGCAACUCGCUCGAUCAGCGGUCCCUGCAUAUGAUGAUGGCGAGGUGCAGGCCGAUCUGGCAACGCUGUUCGAGUACAAUGGUUGGAGGGGACCCAAGUUUACAGCUGUCCAUUCUGGAACUAUCAUGCAAGACACGGGUCAUAUUGCUGCUU